UUUCAUUAAGCUUCUGACCAAUAAUACGCGAGAUUACUCAGAUGUCUCCAAGAGGAAGUCUGAUGUGUACACAUUCGUGCCGACGGAGAGAAACAAUCUUACUCAGAAGGUUUCAUCAGAAUUUGUUGUGAAGCGCUAACUGAAAGAAACAAAGUACAACAGAGACGUAAAUCAAAACAGCUAGCGUAGGUUUUUUAAAGUCUCCGGUGACUAGGCAGGUGUUCAUUCUGGUCGGGGUUUCCCUCCUCUCAGCCACCCUUCGGCUCUAGAUGGGGGGCUGUUAGCGCCGAAGGAUGGAGGAUUUAACUUGGGAUCACCAUGGUUGCUGUGACGGAGUGGUGCUACAUCAGCGGCCGCCGUGUCCUCGGAGGAUGGGGCCCGCUGCUGUGCGUGGUUUUCGGCUCUCUGGUGGCCCUACUGCUUCCCCUGAUAGGGUUGCAGAACCAGUGCUGUGGCUCCACGAGGGGCAUCAGCCAGCUCCGCUGCCAGCUGUGGGGGAGCUCACAGCCUCCUCCAGCUGUGCAGUCCACCAGCCUGACUGUCCCCUUCACUGCCCUGGAUGUGCUGCCUCAGAGGACCAAACCCAGCAAAGAGACAGAGCUGGAGGCCAAAGCAGCGCUGCAGCAGGCUCUGGAGAUGAAGAAACUUGGGAAGAGGGAGAAGGCUCACAAGCUGCUGGUGCACGCUCUUAGUAUGAAUCCUGACUUUGUGGACGCUCUGACGGAGCUGGGGACCAUACUGGAGGAGGAGAAGGAUGUGGUCCAGGCGGACCACCUCUACACCAAGGCCUUGGCCCUCUCACCGUGUAACGAGAGAGCUCUGGUCAGUAGAGACCGAACCCUUCCCCUGGUGGAGGAGAUCGACCAGCGCUACUUCAGCCUAAUCGACAGUAAAGUGCGCAGGCUGAUGUCCAUUCCCAAAGGCAACUCGGCGCUCCGUCGAGUGAUGGAGGAGACGUACUACCACCACAUUUAUCACACCGUGGCGAUAGAGGGCAACACCCUCACUCUGUCCGAGAUCCGACACAUCAUCGAGACGCGCUAUGCCGUACCCGGUAAGAGCCUGCAGGAGCAGAACGAGGCCAUCGGCGUGGAUGCAGCCAUGAAGUACAUCAACACCACGCUGCUGUCCAGAUCAGGAGCCAUCACCGUCGGCAACAUCCUGGAGAUUCACCGACGAGUGCUCGGCUACGUAGACCCUGUGGAGGGCGGUCGGUUGCGGACCAGCCAGGUGUUCGUGGGCCACCACAUCCCACCACACCCCAAAGACCUGCAGCGACACAUGGACGAGCUGGUCCAGUGGCUCAACUCUGAGGAAGCCCUGCAGCUGCACCCCGUGGAGUACGCAGCUCUGGCCCACUACAAGCUGGUGUACAUACACCCAUUUGUAGACGGGAACGGACGCACGUCCCGGCUGCUCAUGAACCUCGUGCUCAUGCAGGCGAGAUAUCCGCCAAUUACCAUCCGCAAAGAGCAACGGGCAGAAUAUUACGCCACUUUGAACACGGCCAACGAGGGGGACGUGCGUCCCUUCAUUCGAUUCAUAGCCAAAUGCACGGAAAUGACACUGGACACGCUGCUGAUUUCCACAACGGAGUACGCCGUGGGACUCCCAGAAGCCGACCGGAACCAGGCCUGUCCCAGCUGCAAACAGACCAUUCCAGCCCACAACUAAACCGGAGAGAAGAGGGAGCAUGAUGUACUCUUGCACCACCGUGCACCGUUUAAUUUAGAAGUUUUUCUGUCUGUAGUUUCUUCUAAAUUAUGGUGUUCAUUUGGCCAGAGUCAAACCAUUAAACAUCUUGCAAGUAUUUUAUUUUUCUUUAAGUGCAAACGGAAGUUUUGACUACUAACGUGAGGAAAUUAUUUAAUUUUUAAGCUGCAAUUUAAAAAGUGUUUAAAUAUUUGCCUUGAGGAAAAGUUGUUUGCUAAUACUGUGAAGCACUUUCAUGUAUUUAUUUUAAAAUAAAAGUAAUUGUUUCUUUACCAUGCGCAAA